AUGCCUCCAAAGCGAAAGGACGAAGCAAUCACGACCGCGAAGCCUGCUAAGAGAGUUAAGACAGGCGGCACCUCUACACGCACACAUCCUCUCAAUAAGCCGGCCGGCGAUGAGACACCCGCCAACAGCAACGUCAAGAAGAGAAAGCCCCAACGACGACUCUAUCAAAGCCCACAACCAACCACAGCUACGGUAGAUGGUACAGCGUCCUCUCCAUUCAUGGCCCUGCUAACCGAACUGCGCUGCCAAAUCUACAACUACCUAGCAGACAUCGUCUACGAUCCCGUUUUCCCCGAGCCGGGCAUCUGCAGCUGGGAAGUAUGUCGGAUGCCCACCGCACUCCUUCAACUCAACAAGACUAUAUACGAAGAAGUGAAGCAUCCCGCGGUGCAGAAGCCGUUACAGAAAGUCAACGACGAGCUUGCGCCCAAGAUGAUCCUCGGCCCGACGCGCGCUGAGAUAGACCCUGUUACCGCGGUCAAAUACGUCAGUCUGAAGAUUGCGUCUUGGUACAACGAUACGUAUCUACCGCAGCAAGUACAAAACGGGAGUAUGAAGGCUUCCAGUGCCCAGAUCAAGUGCAAGACCAAGCACUUGCACAAGUUUGUGAAACAGACUUUGAGAAGAAUGGCGCUGAGGAAGAUCUGCGAGAUUCGGAUUCGACUCCUAAGCCACCCACUGGGACCGCUACACAAGCGAAAAUUUGGGAUCGGUGCUCCAUUCUGUGACCACACGGAGUACGAAAGAUUGGCCGCGAAAGACAAUAUGCGGAAAGCGCUGAGUGUCGGGAUGAAGCGCGAACUUAAGACCGUGUACCCGUCACAACACGCACAUGUCAACCACACAAGUAUCCUGACUAUGAUGUCGAACGGCUAUCUAGCACAUGGGAUGACCAUCAAGUUCUCGGUGGCACGCGCGAGAGAUCGGCGCUUGUUCGACAGGGCCAAGUCACUCUGUUAA